CUGGGCGGUGGCGUGUUGGGCGGGAGCCGCGCGGGGCAGCUCGGGUCUCGCCGUCUGCUGUUUCGUGCAACUGGUCGAGGUGACAGCAUGAAGAGGAGAGCAGGGGAGCGAGAGAAAGACUUCAAGGGGGAGGCUGCUCUUGAGCCGAGUUCACUUUUGAACUUUCCGCGUACUGUACAUCUUCAGACACAGUGAAGUGGAAGUGCACGUCAGUAGGUGGCACUGGAACAUCGCUGGCUGCCAAGUACAGUCCCGAGCUCUUCAUCUGCGCUGGGAGAGCUGCCGGGAUUUGUUUUCAACUAUCUUCCUGUCUUUUGAUUCUGGAGUGAAGAAUACAGUUAAAUAAGCAAAUAUGAGAUGUUGGAAGCCUGUAAAGGUCUGCAGAUUUCACCAAGUUUAAAAAAAAGCUUCUUGAAGAACUUGGAGAGAACAAACUUCCAUAUGUGACACCGGCUGAUGCUGAUUUUCAUCAGUUGAGUGAACAGUGAAGUGACCUUUAAUACUUGCUGUCAGAGCUACAACACAGAGGACAUGAUUACUCCCCCAUCCCCCAAAACAACAAGGUGUCCAGCAUGAACCCAGCCUUCACCCUGUGUUCUGAUCCCUUAAUGCUUUCCUGAUGUCAGACAUAGCACAAUGACUGGUUGGAGAUUUAAAGAAGACCAAACUGUUUUGAUGUGAUGUGUCAGAAAUGUUUCCACUUCCUGAUUUCUUCUGAGAUAUCAGUCUGAGAGUUUUUUUAAGGUAGAAUCCUAGUGGAAGACCAAAUAUUCCAAGCUGGUUUUUGGAAAAUCGGAUACAGUACCUGAACAACUCCAUCAAAUGGUACAAGAAGGCUUUCUGACCUUGCGAAAACACGAUUGUUUCUUUCAAGAUCUUGUAAGGAUCAAAGGAAGAGAUUUUGUUACCCCAGUGUCUCGUAUAUUAAUUGGAAACCCAGGAUACACUUACAAGUACUUGAACACAAGAUUAUUUACAGUUCCUUGGCCUACUGAAGGUUAUGAUAUAAAGUAUUGCAGUCCUCAAAUACACGAUGCUUGUAAAGCAUUAAUCAGACUUAAUGACUACUUGCAUAUAGAAGCAGUCAAGGCAUUACAAGGACAAAAUUUGCUUGAGACCAAAGAAAUUAAAGAUACCACUGUAAUAGAUAGGGAGCAAAAUUGCGAUACUUCUCUUACGGAUAAAGGGUCUGUUUCAAAAGAUCAAAGCAGUUGUGUACCAGAGGAUAACUACAUAAGUCUAAAGAACAGAACAUCUUAUAACUUGACUUUAUUAAAUUAUAUGGAUCCAGUACAAAUGCUGUACUUGAAACAAGAGCCUUAUUUUGGAAUGGGGAACAUGGCAGUGAGCUGGCACCAUGAUGAGAAUCUGGUUGAAAGGUCAACGGUUGCUGUGUACAGUUACAGCUGUGAAGGUUCAACUGUGGAAGGAAGUAGUGAACAAAACCAGAAGGGACGAGACCCAGCUUUUUGGCAUGUAGGCUUGAAGGUAGCGUGGGACAUAGAGACACCUGGAUUGGCAAUACCACUUCACCAAGGAGACUUCUACUUAAUGCUUGAUGAUCUGAAUUUGACACAUCAGCAUUGUGUUCUCGCUGGUUAUUCACCUCGAUUCAGCUCAACUCACAGAGUGGCAGAGUGUUCAAGAGGAACCUUGGAAUACAUACUAGGACAAUGUGAACUGGCACUCCAGAAUUUACAGACUGAUUCUGAUUCGAUGGUUUUGUCUUUGAAGUCGCUGGAAACUGCAGUUAUAAAGCAAGUAGAAGAAAUACAUAAUGAGGUUGAAUUUGAGUGGCUUAGGCAGUUUUGGUUUCAAGGCAAGCGGUAUUUGAAGUGCACUGAUUGGUGGCUUAAGCCGAUGGCUAAACUGGAAGAGUUUUGGAAAAAAAUGGAGAUUAUGACAAGCUUAGUCCUUUCUGAAGUUGGAAAAGAGGAACAAAUUGAGGAACAACGGAAGGAAACCAUCAGAUGCUUACUGCUGGUUCUUACUGAGCGACAAAAGCUGCGUGAAGAAUGGACAGCAAGAUGCCAGUCAGAAGCGGCAGAGAGCUUGCCAGAAGACCAGAAACCAGAAUGCCAUCCCGUCUGGACAGUUGAUGACUGUAAUAUGCCUCUGCCAUAUGAUCUUGAAGGAGUAAUUGCUAAGCUACAAAAUCUUGUGCAGAGGGUAGAGUAACAGAUGACCUUUCAGCCUAGAAUUAUUGAUGCUCAUCUUUUGGAGAGAAGCCUUAUAGUUUAAAAUAAAUCUUUUCAGCUUUAUGAUUCCUCGAUCAUUUAUUAUUUUACGUGUCAAUGCAGAUUUUGCUGCUCUUCACAGAGUACCAUAGUUACUGUCUCGUAAUAAAAAAGGCCGGGCUGCAAAUCUACAGAAGAGAGUAGCUUUUAAGACCUGAAGUUCAGAACACCGGCCUCAGUUCUUUCCUCUUAAUUCCCAUUGACUCUACAGCCAAUGGAUAUGCGUGUUUCCACAAGUUCCCUUGGCAGCUAAAUUUCAGGUUCCGUGAAUGCCUAGAACUGCCUCUGGCUCGGCAGGUUUGAGCAACACAAGGCGUAGCUCACACCUGUGGCAAAGCAGAGUCAUGAUUUGGGCAACCUAAUGAGAGGCUGUCUUGGGCUGAGCCUUCUGGAUAUCUGCAGAACAGCUGUGACUUCUUAAUGCACUAACAUAGACAGCAGUGCAGGAGAUGGUGGAGAGAGUCCUUUAUUCAAUGUCUCCUCGUUAGAGCAUUUUUUUCAGAUGAGAAACUCUGUAAGAGCCUCCUGACAUAGAUCACAAGACUUUCUUACUGUUUUUCGAGUAGUACUGGGAGAGAUUUCUGAGGUGAGUCUACACCUUCUGGGCUCCCUGGAACUCAGAAUUCGGUUCCUAACCACUACUUUGUUUCUGAAAUUUGUGAUUCCUGUUCUGAGGCCAAAUUUCCCAGUGUGUUGUCUAAAGAACUGUUGGACCCAAGUCAGGGUUUCCAUUUGGGAUGUCAGGUCCCCUGAUAGAUCAGAUUUAGGUUAUGUAGUACUGAGCAUUGCAGCAUCUCUGUUGAUCUAGUGAGAUCUACGAGUACGCAACCAGAAGACUAUGAGAAAGGAAUUUGUUUGUGAUCUGUUUUGUAGUAACAUGCUAUAAAAAGAAUAAUUCUGUUGGAUACUACAGGGUACUCCUGAAUGAGAGAAAUAUUUUCCAUUAGGUUAACUUGAGCUGGUGUGCGCCUUUUCCUUUGCCACAAAAAGCAGAAGAAAAUCAUAUUACGGUGAAACAGCACUCAGUCUGCAUUACCACUACAAAAGAAACCAGUAAGACUCAGAUCUUGAUGUUGCCACCAAGAAAUGAAUAUGCCUCCCGUGUUAAUCUGUUUAAAAUCACUGUUGAGGCCAGGCUUACCCAGAGCAUACCGGUAUACUGUGUUGGCAAAUGCUCUGUGUGCGGAUGAGGCUUGUACUGCCGAAAAUUGUACUUUUGACAGUAUAAGAUAUGCCAGACCUCCCUGGAGCUAAAGAAGCUGUGCCAGCAAAAAUUCGGUUUUAGCGGUAUAAAACUGUGUCCACACCUCCCAGCUUUUGCCAGGACAAUUACAUCAAUAGUGGCUGUACCUCUUAACGCCUUUGACAUAGCUAUGCAAGCAAAAGCAUAAACAUUUUCACUGUAGUCCUGGACUUCUGCUGAAAUUGUGAGCCACCCUGUAGAACAUAAAGACUCUCUGAAGAAUGAAUUAUUAUUUAAAAUAGGCUUGGUUGUAUUUUAACCUUGAUCCACACAUUUAUCUGUUGUCUCUUGUGCCACAGAUUUCUUAACAUUUUGAAAUACUAUGUUACGGGCAUAGCAUUUUUUUCCCUGCGCUAGCUAAAGCUGGCUUUACCACUGGGCAAAAGCAUAUAUUUGGAUUAAUGCCACACUAAAUACUGUUUACUUUGGAGAUCACUUAGAGAAAAGCUUGCCGAAGAUGUGGGAAUUCUGCUUUUGAAAAGGCAGUUCUCACAGAAACAGAUAUUUAUUUGGAAAUGAGCAAGAUGAAUUCAAACAAGCUAAUGAUGUAACACUGUUAACACAGUGUUUGAGGGGAUUGCUUGUUUAUGCUGUUACUUUAUGAUUAUUUUGUGUUUAAUUAAGCGCUGCUAGAAACCAUGGGAAUCACACUAUUAAAAUAGAUCUGACAGCCAUAAAGGAUAUAGAAGGCACAUCAACGUUGUAGUUUGUAGCUGAAGUGGAUACGUACCUAUUAAAAAAUGAUUGGCAAACAAUUAUUUCCUGCAGUAGUAAAAAACAAACACUUGGGAUUUUCUUGUAUUGGGAAACUGCUAGCAGCAAUAAUAGAAUUUUUAAAAAUAUAUUAUUCUAGAUUUUGUCUUUGCUGAAGAUUUAAACUAAGGAAUUCGCUGAACUAGUAGUAACCUCAGUGCAGCUAGACAGCACUCAUUUAAGCAAUACAUAGACAAAUGGACACCUUUGGAAUGGAUAAGACCUAAGAUUCACUGGCAAAAUACCAGUAAUUGAGUAGCUAAAGAGGAUUUGUUGCAUUCCAGUCUCACAUCAUCUAAAUCAGCAUAACUUGAUUGAGUUUGGUGGAAAUACAGACAUCUGAGAAGGUUUCAUGUCUCCAAAGCCACAGGAGUUGAUAGCUAAGACAUGAGUAAGGUUGAUGGAACUGUUUGAAGCAUGCAGUAAUGCCAAAUGGUACCUGAAGAGGAGAACAUUGUUAAAGGUAAAUAUCUAUAAAAAACUGAGACAUCAAGUGUAAAUUAUUACUGUGUUUGGAUUAGAAGCGGAUAAAUACUUUGAAGUUUAUUUUAUUGAAAUACUUACAGUUUAGUUCAUGUUGCAAUGAUACUUUAGCAAUCCAUUUAUAUUCCAGCAUUAGAUAACCCAUUUCCAUUUUGAGUGAGCUGAAAAACACAGCCUCUAAUGGAUAUUCUGCGUAUAGCAGAUAUUUGCCAAGUCUGGAUGCUGUAGAGGCAGAAGGUCAAUCUCUUUUCAGGGAAGAGGCGAGAGCAUAAAUUAGCUUCUAACAUUAGAUUCAGUGAUUCUUUUUAAAUGGUGAAGUUCACAACUUUGCUUACAUUUACUUUUCAUCAGCCAUGAAAGAAUUAAGGUAAAAUAGUUCACUUGCACGUGUGUGUCAGGCUAAAUGGAUUACCGAAGAUACAGAUCUGUUUGCCUGUCUGCACUUGCCUUUAGACAAUAUUCAUCAAUUUUACAAAAGCUACUGACUAAACAUGGAACCAAUACAAAUUAAAUGCUCAAGGCGAGGGCUUUCUUUAAAAAAAAUCUGAUACAGAAUUGGUUUUAUACUGAUAGAAAGAAAAUGUUGGCAGAAAAUGAAAAACUCUUAUUGUUUCUGUAAUUUGGGGGAUGAAAGUUAAAGGUCUUAUUUAAGUAUUUGAUAGAAAACUGCUGUGUUAUGCCAUGUAAUUAGAGAUGUUUUUAUAGUGCUUUAUUCAUAUCUCCGUAUAGGAAAAUAUUUUAUCGUGUAGGUCCUUUCUUCUUCUUAAAAGGUUAUAUAAGUAAAAAAUAUUAAUCUUGAUACAGUAGAUUUUAAAGGUAUCAUGCUUAUGCUCUGGGCUUUACAGCAGAUUCUGAUUAUCCUAAGUGUAAAUAAGAAUGCCAUGAGUAAUCAGUGACUGGAAACUGGCCAGGGUGGGUAACGUGCAACAUAAGAAAUACCCAAAUCAGUUGUCUUAUUAUCAUCCAGAUAUAGUUUUACUUUCAUGGGUAAUGAUGCAAGAUACACUUUAAAAUCAUGUUGGACUUCUUAAUGCUGUGACACAGAUUCAAGGAUUCCGGUGCUAAAAGACCAGGAAAAAAAGAAAUGAAAAAAAUACCAAAAUCCAUGAGGAAAGAUUUCUGAAAUACUGUAUUGUGUUAAGAGUGGUCAUUGCUCUUUUCUUAGUCUCAUGUUAUGCAGUGGAAUUUGGGCUAAUGUAACAGAGGUUAAACUAGCCCAAGAGUGAUCUCUAAGAUGGAAUGAGAAGAGGGUAGGAGACAUGAGAUGCAAGGUGUCUGCUUUCUCAAGGUCACAACUUUAUUAACUCAUAUGGGAAUCAUUGAGCAGUAACUUGUACAGUGCGGGUCGGGAUUUCUCUCUUGAUUAUUGCCACCUGGUGCAAAGUUAAUGUUGGCUGCUUAAACCCCCUGAUGCCCCUGACAGCUGGUCCUCAGCUUUUUCCGAGGAGCUGACGACUGUCUCGCACGAAGUUGUUCCACUGUAGCAAAUGGCACGAGAAACCCUGACCUGCAUCUUCGGUCUCACCUCUGUGCUACUACACCGCCAUGGACUCAACAUCUGUUUGCUCUUUGAGAUUCAGGUUACUGCACCUCAUCUUCUGAACUAUCCCAACAGGACAGUGAGCUGUUAUGAGGAAGGGUCAGACAAACAAACAGAAUGCUGUUUGCAGUGACGUUCCUCGUCCAAAAAAAAGAAAAGACAGCCACUGUACUCCUCACAGCAGAGUGAAAAGCUCAGCCCUGCGCUAAUCUAGCAUUAGAGGGUGGGACUUAUUAGGUGGUGAUUAAACACUCCAGCAAAAACACUAACAUUCAAUGUUUCUGAGGAUUCUCACCUUGGCUGAUUCUGGUUGUCACCUCACCCCCCUGCAAGGGCAGAGGCAAUCCUGAACAGAACCACUGUUCUCUUUCCAGUCUAAACUGAACACCUUCAAUGUGGCUGGGCUUGCAUCUUAAUUUACAUUCCUCUGUACUCUUAGCCUUAGGAUAGGGGCAUUAAUUGAACAAGAGAAGAUAAUUUAUACAAUUGCAAAAAGACUAUGUAGUAAGCCCGCAGAACUGGCUGAAUAACAUGACAAAUAAAAACCAACAAAUAAUUGAUAAAAUUAUCUCUUUAACAUGCUGAUGUUUGGAUGUGAGCACUUCACACAACACGAAAACUGUGGUUUAUCUUCUUGUUGCUCUGGAGAUGGCAUUCGUAAUUCACAAGGUAUUGUGAAAAAGGACGCACUGUGCUGUGGUUUGCAUCCUCUGCUUUUACAGCAUUUGUCCAUGAUGAAUCAGAAUUUGGUCACAGAAGUUGUCCUCCUCCCCCUCUAUAUGUUCAAAUACUUGCUUUCAUGCCAACACAUCUUGGUCUGAUUAGUCUGCUUGAUUAGAGGGGACCAAAGUAAAAAGUCAGGUGUAUAGGAUUCCCAUUAUCCUUUAUUCCACUGCUUCUAAGAACAGGUCAGAUAGAGUUAUUUCAGUGAAAAUGUGGACAAUCAACUUCUGUUUACCAUUAACCUUCAGUUUUCUUUUCUUAAAAUCUAAUCAGGGCUUGGUAGGCAGUUAUUUUCAUACAUGUCCCUUGAUCAGUGGAGCAAUCUGUCAAAGCCAUUAAAGCCUCUAUUAGGUUGAAUUGCAUUUAAAGCUAAACUAUCCAAUCAUUUAAAGGGCUGUGACGAUUGGUUUUAAUAUAGCAUACAUUUAUUUCUCUCUCUGAGUAGUAAAAUAACUUUGAAACUAAGCAUAUAGGACUAGUGGUUUUGGCUAUCCAACAUGUCCUGAGAAGCUUUGUUUCUUGUGGAAGAUCAAUGUGUACAUAAAAAUGAAAAAACAAAUGCAGUGAAAUUACUUGUGUAUUCUCGGAAGCUUUUCCCCUGCUUUUUUCUGUUUCAUGUAAUGUAUGUGGAAUGGGAAGAACUUCUCCAAGGUCUUUUGCUCAAAUGCGUUACUGAAAAAUUUAAUAUCUAAUUGUAGUAAUAUUUUAAAGUAGAUUUUUAUCUUAAGAUCUCAGGAUGUUUUACACGGAGAAAUAGAGGCAGACUUCAAAAGUGUACCUGCGUUCUGACUGCUGAUGCUGGAACUGAGCAUAUGUAACCCUUCAUCGCUGGUGUGUCUCAAUUGCUUGCAGUUAAUCAGCUCAAUUUACUAAUUAAACACGCUCUUGUAGAACCCUUUUUUUUUCCUCCAAAGAUAUAUCUGAAAGUGGACCUGAAGUCUGUCCUCCUCGUAUCAUGUUUAACAUGUUAUUUAAUUGCAUAACAUACGAUAGUACAUUCAUGUAAUAGAGAUCUUUCAAGACUCCUAAUGUUUGAUUAAACUUUCUGGUGAAUCUUUUUAGUUACAUUCAA